GAUAUCACCAGUUGAAGUGGUUCCUAUCUGCUAAGGACAGACCUAUGCAGAAGAUUUGCCCUUGGCAGUCAACACCUGCAGCUGCUGGUAGGCUGGCAAAAGAUGCCUGUGAUCAAUAUUGAAGAUCUGACAGAAAAGGACAAGUUGAAGAUGGAGGUGGACCAGCUCAAGAAAGAAGUGACACUGGAAAGAAUGCUGGUAUCCAAGUGUUGUGAAGAAGUAAGGGAUUAUGUUGAAGAAAGAUCUGGGGAAGAUCCACUAGUAAAGGGUAUUCCAGAGGACAAAAAUCCCUUCAAGGAGCUCAAAGGAGGCUGUGUGAUUUCAUAAGUAAUAAUAAUAAUAAUAAUAACAAAUUUAAAAAUCCUUGGAAUAUCUUGAGCUUUAAUGACAAUAUAAAUUUUUGAUCAUAUAUAACAAUAUUAAGCAUGUACAUGAAAUUUUAAAUUUCUAAGCAUAAACUUUUAAUGAAAAUUGGGAUGUG